AGCUCCCGCCCCGGGCGCCAGGGCGAGGACCCGGCAUUCGGACUGCGCGGGUCGCUGCGUUCCUUAGGAGCCGGGGCGCAGGGGGGGGUGGCCUUGGCUCCCCAGGCCGGCCAGCCCCCCCCGGAGGGUGCGCGCACCAUGGCGGACGGCGCGCCCCGGCCCCCGCUGUAUCGCAGCGUCUCUUUCAAGCUGCUGGAGCGCUGGAGCGGCGGGCCCGGGCCAAGGGAGGGGGACGCGGACACCCCCGGGCUGCGGCGCCGUGCCUCGUGCCGGCCGGCGGCGACCAUGCCGGGCCAGCCCUCCCGGCGCGUGUCCAAGCUGGCGUCGGGGCCCCCGGCCGCCCCCGCGCAGCCGCGCCCGCUCCGCAGCCUCUCGCCUUCGGUGCGCCAGCUCUCCCGGCGCUUCGACGCGCAGCGACUGGACGACGACGCUGCUGCUGCUGCUGGGACCCGGGACGGGUGCGUCUCCCCCGGGGCCGCGGAGGAAGCGACCGAGGGCGCCGCGCGCGGGGCCUGGCCCAGCGUCACCGAGAUGCGCAAGCUGUUCGGAGGCCCUGGCUCCAGGCGGCCCAGCGCGGAUGCUGAGGCCCGGGGGACGCCCAGUCCCGACGGUGCCGCCUGGGAACCCUCGGUUCGUGAGCCCCGGCAGCCCCCGACGCCGCCGCCUCGGACGUGCUUCCCCUUGGCGGGCUUGCGUUCAGCGCGGCCGCUGCCCGGACCGGGGACGGAGGAGAGGCGGUGGUGGCGGCAGCAGCAGCAGCAGCAGCAGCAGCAGGAGCGGGUGCAGCGUCCGGCGGAUGGUUUACAUUCUUGGCAUAGCUUCUCCCAACCGCAGGCCGGGGCCCGGGCCUCCUGCUCCUCCUCCUCCUCCUCCAUCGCCUCCUAUGCUGUCAGCCGCAGCCGGGCUGCCAGCUCCAGCGAAGAGGAAGAGGAGGGCCGGCUGCUGCGGCCUGGGGCACAGAGUCCGGCCUUCCGUGGCGGCCACUCCUCGGGCAGCGAUGAGGACCAAGAUGGUGAUGGAGGCCACCUCCAGAGACAGAGGCUGGGGCCCAGGCUUGGAAGCUCCCUACUGGGUCAGGACUGCAGGCCGGGUGGCGAAGGGUUAACUCUGGACAGCAUGGACACUGCCAGGGGAGCCAGGAGCCCUGAGCCCUCAACAUCUCCCAGCACCUGUGAGUGGGGGACCGGCUCACCACCCUGCAUUCCCAGCACCCAGGAGGGAUUGAGGCCUACGUUGGACAGCGUGGGAGGAGCUUUCCGUGUGGCCAAGGUGAGCUUCCCUGCAUACCUGGCCAGCCCCGCAGGCUCUCGCGGGAGCAGCCGCUACUCCAGCACUGAAACUCUCAAGGAUGACGAUUUGUGGUCUGGCCGGGCUGCUGUGUACCGCUCACCCAGCUUUGGAGCGGGAGAUGGGCUGCUGCUGCGGCCCCAGGCUCGAAGCCGCCCCAAGGCGCCUGUGGGCCCUUGCAGGGCCCUGCGGGAAGGAGCGCUGGAGCUGGAGAAGAACCGCCAGCGCAAGUCUCUGUCCAAUCCAGACAUCGCCUCCGAGACUCUGACACUGCUAAGCUUCCUGCGCGCCGACCUUUCCGAGCUGAGAGUCCGCAAAGCUCAUAGGGGUCCCGGGAGCAGCCCCUUGUCUGAUGACAGAGACUCCCCACCCGUGGCAGGCCAGGCAGAACAGCUCAGGCCUGGGCCCACCCCGGGCAGGUCCUCCCCCUGCCCCCGCCCCACGCUCAAAGACCUGACAGCCACCUUGCGGAGGGCAAAGUCCUUCACCUGCUCAGAGAAGCCCACAGUCCGUCGCCCAACCCACCCCAGCACCCUGAAGCCCAGCUCCUCAGAGCUCCUGCUGGCCGGCCCUGGAGCUGAGGAAGACCCACUGCCCCUCGUGGUCCAGGAUCAGUAUGUGCAGGAGGCCCGACAAGUUUUUGAGAAGAUCCAGCGCAUGGGAGCCCAGCAGGAUGAUGUAAGCGACUGUUCUGCCUGGGCAGGGGACGUGACCCAAGGUCAGCGGUCGCAGGAAGAACUCUUGGGCCCUGAGUCCAGCCUGCUGGAUGAAGGCAUUGGAACUGAUCCGGAGCCUCCUGUUGCAGCCUUUUGCAGCCUGAGUGCCUCCGGCGUGUGGCAGCCACUUUCCUCCUCACCCCAGAUGAACCACCACAGUGGUGGUGGUGGUGGCACCCCCGGACCUGAGGACAGUCUGAGUGGCUGGGCUCUGGUGUCAUCUGAGACCCCUCCGACGCCAGGUGCCCUUCGCCGGAGACGCAAAGGCCCACCUUCAGGCCCCGGGGGUGCUGAGCUGAGCAAUGGAGAGACUGGUGAGGCCUAUAGGUCCCUGAGUGACCCGAUUCCACAGCGCCACCGAACCACUGCCUCCGAGGAGCCCUUGGGGUUCUCCGUGGACAGCAACCUGCUAGGCUCCCUGGGCCCCAAGACGGGACUCCCGGCCACCCCGACUGUGGAUGAGGGCUUGACCAGCAGCCACAGUGACUGGUCUGUGGGCAGCGAAGAGAGCAAGGGGUAUCGCGAGGUGAUCCAGAGCAUUGUUCAGGGUCCUAGGGCCUUGGGGAGUGUGGCAGACAGCAAGGCCCCCGGCAAGGCUCCUAAGAAGAAAUCUCUCAGUGAUCCCAGCCGCCGGGGGUUGCUGGCCGGGCCUGGAUUUGAGGGCCCUGGAGGGGAACCCAUCCGGGAAGUUGAGCCUGUGUUGCCUCCAUCCAUCAGCGAACCCAUCCUGGCAGAGCAGCGGGCAGAGCCAGAGGAGUCCAGUGCUGCCAGGGGCCGGGCACAGUCUGAGAGGAUCCUCCCUGAGACCCCACCUUCGUCUCCCACCACCCACCCUGACUUCCACCUGGACCCCAAGCUGGCCCACGUCAUGUCCCCGCGGCUCAUCCGCCGGGGCUGCAAGAAGCGUCCAGCCCGGAGUAGUCACCAGGAGCUGGGAGUUGAGGAGCGCGCUCAGAACCAGACAGGUGGCCUCUGUCCACCACAGCCCUCCUCCAAACAUGUGCGCCAUGCCAGUGUGCCUGCCACCUUCACACCGAUCAUGGUGCCAGAGCUGCCAGCUGCUGUCAGUCCCCCCGUGGCUGUGCCAGAGCCCAUGGGCUUCCCCGGCCAAGCCCACUCCACAUCGCAGGCACCCUCGGUUGAAGACGUCACCAAGCAAUAUGGGCUGACCCACCCCUCAGGGGCUGGCCCUGCUGCCGCUGCCACCCCCAUGUCUGUGCCUGUGGAAACACCCUGCCUGACUCUGGCUGCACCGCCCCCUACUGAGGCCAAGCCCCCUGAGGUGGCCCGGGCUCCAGAGGAGGCUACCCCAGCCAGCAAAUGCUGCAACAAGCCGCAGGUGGACAUGCGGAAGCACGUGACCAUGACCCUGCUGGACACGGAGCAGUCAUAUGUGGAAUCACUGCGCACCUUAAUGCAGGGCUACAUGCAGCCACUGAAGCAGCCCGAGAACUCCUUGCUGUGUGACCCAUCGCUGGUGGAUGAGAUCUUUGACCAGAUCCCCGAGCUGCUGGAGCACCACGAGCAAUUCCUGGAGCAGGUGCGACACUGUGUGCAGACCUGGCAUGCCCAGCAGACGGUGGGAGCCCUGCUUGUCCAGUCGUUCUCCAAGGAUGUCCUGGUCAACAUCUAUUCUGCCUACAUCGACAACUUCCUCAAUGCCAAGGAUGCCGUGCGAGUGGCCAAGGAGGCCAGACCUGCCUUUCUCAAGUUCCUAGAGCAAAGCAUGCGCGAAAACAAGGAAAAGCAGGCUCUGUCUGACCUCAUGAUCAAGCCAGUGCAGCGAAUUCCACGCUAUGAGCUUCUGGUGAAGGACCUCCUGAAGCACACACCCGAAGACCACCCAGACCACCCGCUCCUGCUGGAUGCUCAGCGGAACAUCAAGCAGGUGGCUGAGCGCAUCAACAAAGGCGUGCGGAGCGCUGAGGAGGCAGAGCGGCAUGCCCGUGUGCUACAGGAGAUCGAGGCGCACAUCGAGGGCAUGGAGGAUCUCCAGGCCCCUCUGCGGCGGUUCCUGAGGCAGGAGAUGGUCAUCGAAGUGAAGGCAAUCGGUGGCAAGAAGGACCGGUCCCUCUUCCUGUUCACCGACCUCAUUGUCUGCACCACGCUGAAGCGCAAGUCGGGCUCUCUGCGGCGCAGCUCCAUGAGCCUGUACACAGCAGCCAGCGUCAUCGACACGGCCAGCAAGUAUAAGAUGCUUUGGAAGCUGCCGCUGGAAGAUACAGACAUCAUCAAAGGGGCCUCCCAGGCCACCAAUCGGGAGAACAUCCAGAAAGCCAUCAGCCGCCUGGACGAGGACCUCAACACCCUGGGCCAGAUGAGCAAGCUAUCUGAGAGCCUCGGCUUCCCCCACCAGGGCCUGGAUGAUGCGCUGCGUGAUCUGUCAGCGGCCAUGCACCGGGACCUGUCGGAGAAGCAGGCGCUAUGCUACACGCUGUCAUUCCCACCUACCAAGCUGGAGCUGUGUGCCACGCGGCCCGAGGGCACUGACUCCUUCAUCUUUGAGUUCCCCCACCCCGAUGCCCGCCUGGGCUUUGAGCAAGCCUUUGACGAGGCCAAGAGGAAGCUGGCAUCCAGUAAAAGCCGGCUAGACCCUGAGUUCCUGAAGGCCAUCCCCAUCAUGAAAACCCGCAGUGGCAUGCAGUUCUCUUGUGCAGCUCCCACCCUCAGCAGCUGUCUGGAGCCCACACCUGAGGUGUGGGUGUGCAACAGUGAUGGUUACGUGGGCCAGGUGUGCUUGCUGAGCCUGCGUGCUGAACCAGACGUAGAGGCCUGCAUCGCUGUCUGCUCAGCCCGCAUCCUCUGCAUCGGGGCAGUGCCUGGCCCACAGCACUGCAGCCACGGGGAACUGCCCACAUCCCUGAGGGGUGGCCCUGAUCCAGCACCAGAGCCUGCUGGGCCAGACCUGGAUGUGGAGACCGCCGAGGAAGAAGUGGUGACUUCGCUGGCAGAGCCAGGGCCUCAGCCCUGCUUGCACAUUUCCAUCACGGGCUCUGGGCUGGAAAUGGCGCCAGACCCUGCAGAGGAAGAUCCCCGUCCAGAGUUGGUGCCCUUCGACAGCGACUCAGAUGAUGAGUCCUCACCCAGUCCCUCGGGAACUCUGCAGAGCCAGGCCAGCCGUUCCACCAUCUCCUCCAGCUUUGGCAAUGAGGAGACCCCCAGCUCCAAGGAGGCCACGGCAGAGACAACCAGCUCCGAGGAGGAGCCAGAACCUGGCUUCCUGCCACUGUCCGGCUCCUUCGGGUCCGGCCGUCCUUGUGGGGCAAGCCCGAUGGACGGAAGAGCCCUCCGCCGCUCCAGCCGCGGCUCCUUCACCCGUGGCAGCCUGGAGGACCUGCUGACCGUCGACCCUGAGGCCUACCAGAGCUCCGUGUGGCUGGGCACUGAGGAUGGCUGCGUCCACGUGUACCAGUCCUCUGACAGCAUCCGCGACCGCAGGAACAGCCUGAAGCUCCAGCAUGCAGCUGCCGUGACCUGCAUCCUGUAUCUCGAUAACCAGGUGUUUGUGUCCCUAGCCAAUGGGGAGCUCGUGGUCUACCAAAGGGAAGCAGGCCACUUUUGGGACUCCCAGAAUUUCAAAUCCGUGACCCUGGGCCCUCAGGGGAGCCCCAUCACCAAGAUGGUGGCCGUGGGCGGGCGAUUGUGGUGUGGCUGUCAGAACCGAGUCAUUGUCCUGAGCCCCGACACACUGCAGAUGGAGCACACAUUUCACAUAGGGCAGGAUUCAAGCCGCAGCGUGGCAUGCAUGGUGGACUCCAGCCUAGGGGUCUGGGUGACCUUGAAAGGGAGUGCCCACGUGUGCCUCUACCAUGCGGAUACCUUUGAGCAGCUGGCGGAAGUGGAUGUCACCCCUCCUGUGCACAGGAUGCUAGCAGGCUCUGAUGCCAUCAUCCGGCAACACAAGGCUGCAUGCCUGCGGAUCACGGCGCUGCUGGUGUGCGAAGAGCUGCUCUGGGUGGGCACAAGUGCUGGCGUCGUACUCACCAUGCCUGCCUCACCUGGCACCGUCAGCUGCCCACGGGCAACUCUAAGCCCUGCUGGCCUGGGCCAGGGGCACACGGGCCACGUCCGCUUCUUAGCCGCAGUCCAGCUGCCCGACGGGUUCAACCUGCUGUGCCCGACCCCACCGCCUCCCCCGGACACAGGCCCCGAGAAGCUGCCCUCCCUGGAGCACCGGGAGUCCCCUCGGCACCGUGGCCCCACUUCAUCCAGGUCCAAAAUGCUGGUCAUCAGCGGAGGCGACGGCUACGAGGACUUCCGACUUAGUGGUGGCAGUGGCUGCAGCAGCGAGACCGUGGGCAGAGACGACAGCACAAAUCACCUCCUCCUGUGGAGGGUGUGAUGCUGGCCGCCGGGGCUCAGCACUUGCCUGCCUGCCCUCAGCCCACUUGCCUGUCCCUAGUCCCACACAUGUGGACCUUGGCUGGAGCCA